CGAGAAAGAAGAGAAGGAAGAGAGAGAAAAUCAAAAGAAGGAGAAAGAGAGAGAGUAUCAGCAGAAGCGAUCGAGCUACACAGAGCGGAAGUUCGAAUAAAAAUCAGCAAACACCCAAAAAAUACAAAAAAAAUAAAAAAGCAGUGAAGAAAUUUCAAAAAUAAAAAAGCCCAAGAGAGAUAGAAAGCGAAAGGCAAAGUUCCGAAGUCACUGAGGUUCGAUUUUUCUCUGCAAUUCGUCGAAGAAGCUCGAUAAGGUCAGAGUUCAAUCAAUCUCCCAAAACCCCUCUCUCACAAACACUCUUCCAGCUUUUCACUAUUUGAUUUGUCUGCUUUUUUUUUUGGCGCUUCAUUGCGCUUUCUCCUUUUGUUCGAAUUCGAUUUUCCUGCAAUUCGAGCUCUGUUUCUUCAACUUCAAUACGCCGAAGUCACUGAUCUCGUUCCCCCGACUUCAAAUUUCGCGUCUUGAAGUUGAAAGCUUGCGAAUUGGGGGAAAUUAAAAUCUGGGUUCGGAUUGGCGGGGUGGUGUAAUUCAAGUUUGCGAGGAGUUCGAACCCGAAUUUUUGGUGAUUCCAAGUUAGGGUUUUUUAUUUGUAAAGGUUAUUUUUAUUAAUUAAGCUUGAUUGUGUAUAGUUUUGUUGGGAUUUAGCGAGCUUUGUUACUUGGGUUGAUCUCUAGGGUUUUGGGAUUGAGAAGAUGGGAUUUGGGUUUGCAUUGUAUGGCUCGUGGGUGGGGCAAUUUUGGGUCUUUUGGAUACAGGGUUAACCGAAUUCCGGUUCUAGAUUGGGGGUUUUGGGGUUUUUUUUUUAUAUGGUAGAUAGUUUGCCUCUGUUUGUGGGCAUAUGCAGAGUUAUGAGGAUUGAUUUGCAAUGAAGGAUAUGGAGGAGUGCAAAUUCUGGGUUUUCUGGAAACAGUAAUAACGGUAAUUUUGGCUUCUGGUGCGGUUUCGGGGGGAUUAGUUGUUUCUUGUGGAUGGUGUAUGAAUCUGUUUCUUGAGAAAUGCAACCUCAGCAGUUCUCUAGAAUUGAUUUGGGUGAUCUGAAAGCACAGAUAGUGAAAAGGAUUGGGGCCGAGAGGUCAAGGCGGUAUUUUUAUUACUUGAACAGGUUGUUGAGUCAGAAGCUGAGCAAGAAAGAAUUUGACAAGUUGUGUCACCGGGUGCUCGGGAGUGAGAACUUGCCACUGCACAAUCAUUUCAUACGGUCAGUCUUGAAGAAUGCAUGCCAUGCCGAGACCCCACCACCAGUCCAUUCACCAGUUCCUGCGAAGCCUGGGAUACAAGCUGCAAACAGUUCUCCAAGUAGAGAAGAUGGGCAGGAACAAAGCCUCUUUUCGCAUCAAAAUCAAAAUGUACCCGCUUGGUCGAAUGGGGCGUUGCCAGUGUCCCCACGAAAGGGUAGGUCCGGGAUACGCGAAUGGAAGCUAAGGGAUAGGCCAAGCCCACUUGGACCAAAUGGGAAGGUAGAUACUGUAUCACAUCAUCCCACUGGUGCCGAUGAUAAUGGCGGUAAGUUUAUUGUGGAAAACGGGGAUGUGCAUGCAUUUGAUCAUCAGAGACCAAUGCAACGUUUCCAACCAGUUGCUGAGCUACCUGGCAGUGAAAGAGAUGGUGCAGUUCGGCGGCCCAUAGAAAAACCGCGGAUACACAGCAAAGACCAGACUGACUUAGCUGUUAUUGAUCAAGAGGAAGAAGGAGAACAAUCAAACCGCAUGAGUUUCUCAAGAAGUCCUCUACUUGCGCCACUGGGGAUCCCAUUCUACCCAGCCAGUGUAGGUGGGGCCCGCAAAGCUUUUCCAGUUGGUAGCAGCUGUGAUUUUGUUAGUUAUUAUGACAGUGGGGGAUUGUCCGAUACGGAGACACUUAGAAGACGCAUGGAGCAGAUUGCUGCAGCACAGGGUCUUGGAGGUGUUUCUACAGAAUGUGCCAAUAUGCUGAAUAAUGUGUUGGAUGUGUACUUAAAGCGAAUGAUUAGAUCCUGCGUUGAGUUGGUGGGAGGAAGGUCUACAUCAGAGGCAAAAAAGAAUGCUGCACCAAAGCAGCUGCAGCAGCAGAUUCAAGGAAAGAUUAUCAACGGCAUGUGGCCAAGCAAUCAUAUGCAUAUACAGAGCAGCAGUGGGCCCGUGGAAGAGCAAAGAUCUCGGUGCUCAAUAUCUUUGCUUGAUUUUAAGGUUGCAAUGGAGCUAAAUCCACAGCAACUUGGAGAGGAUUGGCCAUUGCUGCUGGAGAAGAUUUGUAUGCAAGCAUUUGAGGAAUGAAAGAUCCUUGUGAAGAUAAGUUCAUCCCAAAGUUGUGGUUGGGUCAGUCCGUUCUGGUUCAAAGGUCCUGAGAUCACCAGUUGUUGGAGAUCAAUGGUUCAAAUAAUUGUAAUCCCAUUGCCAGGACGCACCGGAUGGUUCCUGAGUGGGUAAAGUUCCGGGUAUUGCACGGUGAAAUCAUCUGUUUGAGCAUCAAAUGUCUGUAUUUUCUUGCCGCCAGGAUCCAUCCAGAAUUAUCUAACUGCAGCCAUUCAAGGGUGUUUUCAAACUGAAUCCCCAUGUUUGGUUGUUCUGUUGUAUGUUUAACAUAGAUGCUGCUGUAUUUGCUACCGCUCCAGAUCUCACGCUUUCGUGUAAUUGCAGCCAAUGGAAGAAAUAUAAGAAAAUUUUGCAGGGACUGUGUUCUGUAGCUCGGUGAGAGGUACAAUUGCUUGUGUAAGAGCUGCAGUAUGCUCUGUAUGUAUUUUAGAAUCUUAGAAUUGAUUUAAAUUUCAAUAUCAAUAACACAUCGACAUCAAUUGAGCUGUCCUCGACGGCAUUA